CCCAUUAAAUGUUAUAACACGAAGUUCUCCUUUUGACCCAUACCACUGGCUAGAGGUACCGCCAUUUCAGAAUCGUAAAAUUCAAAAUGUCGCGAGGAACAAGCGCUGGAUUUGAUCGACAUAUUACUAUUUUUUCACCCGAAGGGCGACUUUAUCAAGUUGGUAAGUGCUUUAUCGAAUGCUUAACUAUGUUAUAAACAUGUUUGGUGAAGUUUUAUACUUGUUUCUAUUCGCAGAAUAUGCGUUUAAAGCUAUUAAUCAAGGGGGACUCACAAGUGUUGGGGUUCGCGGAGCUGACUCAGCAGUUGUAGUGACACAGAAAAAAGUGCCGGUAACAUUUUGUAAAUUAUAUUUUGCUUACUUUGAGAGUUAUGUAGUACUGCAAUUGGCAAGUAUUUAUUGUUGCAGUUAUUGGGUGUUCAUCAGGAAUGAGGAUGGACUUUGAGCUCAACAUUUAACUGGAAUGUUAAUUGCUAAGUAGCAUAGCUUUGCCAAAUAGAUUUUAGGGGCCGAUUACAUGGAGCAUUUUCAAUCCAGGGUUGAAUUCAGCCCUGUCUGUAAUAGAAAACUGUACAAAUAUGCAAUUACAUGACAGCAGGUUUGUCACUUUUGGGAAUCAAUGCUGGAAAUGUAUAGCAUUUCAAUCCCGGGGUUGAAGUCAUCCAUGUAGUCGCCCAAAACUUCAAACCGGUUAGCAGAGCUGAGUUCAACCCCGGGAUUGGAAGUGCUCCAUGUAAUCGGCCCCUAAGAGAGCUUAGAGUGGAAGUCAAGUCCGUUCUGCGCAUCGGUUCUGCUCAUAACAAUGUGAGGACCCUCUAAUGUAAACAUUGCCUAAAUUUCGAAUGUUUCUAAUUUUUCUGAACAUAAACUCUAUUUCAUAUUCAUUUAGAAGCAUAGUGAACCAAAAUAGUGUUAGAUCUUCAGACAGUACAUCAUAUUUUAAAAAAUACAGCAGUUCAAAAUGUAAACAAACCGUUUGUUUACAUUACGGACUUGACUUCCACUUUAACUCUUUGUCAAGCAAAAAUUGAUCAACGACAGCAUUGAUCAAUUACUUGCAAAGACAUGUCUCCAGUUCUGUACGUGGAAGCUAUUUGCAACAAAAUAUCCACUGUUUAAAUCUGCAUUUUAAAGGUCAGUUUAUGAUCAAUUUUUGCUGUGAUUUUCUUCCAACGGAUGUGAAUAAAUGGAUGAGUUAUGAAUGUUCUGAUGAGGGUACGUCAGUGGUACAUAUACUCAGAACAUUCAUAAUUCAUCUACUCAUUCAAAUGCAUCAGAAGAAGAAAAUUGCACUAGAAAUCACAGCAAAAAUUGCAAGAGUAAACAGUCAUUGAAAUCUUUAUACAGUAUCAAUUUUGUUUGCUUACAAUGAAGUGAAAGCAAUUCAUUGUUUUUUGAAGGUAAGGGAAGUUGUAAUUUUGAUAAUCCAUAGCUUAAAAUAUUUUUAAUAAGUUCAAGGCACCUUUCAUUGAUCAUAACUUCAGCUUCUUGAAACUUGUAUUUUAGGAUAAAUUGCUUGAUGCAUCAACAGUAACACAUUUAUUUGAAAUAACAGAAAGAAUAGGAUGUGUCAUGACUGGUUUAAUUGGUAAGAAAAUCUCAUCAUUGUGUCAUUCCAGAAAAGAUCCACCUCCCCCCCCCCACAAGACAAUUUCUGUUGUCUGUUGGGGGGAAAACAACUUCUGGGAAUAGUAUAAAUGGGAGGUGUGGAAUGAUGUUUUCUGUCAUGAGCCUAUUUCAAUUGAUAGAAUUUUAUAUGUCGCAAAGUAAGCAAAAUCCCUUUACUUUUGAAGACUUACCCUUGUGGGUGAGAGAGGAACCUCACUGACAUUCUGAGGCAGCUGCCUGCACCCUCCCCCCCCCCCAAAAAAAAAAGACAAUGGGGGAUGUUGCAAUUUGUGUUUCUACUUUCAAAAGUUAAAUUUUCUUGACCUUCUCAUUUGAAAUUUUGAGGAAAUUUGUGUAUCCUGGUAAUUACAAGCAGCAUAUUCGAAACCCCGCAGUAUGCUUAUUGUUAUGUAAUUACUAUUUUUCAGCUGACUCCAGAUCUCAAGUUCAGCGAGCUCGUUAUGAAGCUGCCAACUGGAAAUAUAAAUAUGGCUAUGACAUUACAGUAGAUAUGUUGUGUAAACGUUUGGCAGAUGUAUCUCAAGUUUAUACCCAGGAUGCAGGAAUGAGACCGUUAGGGUGUAGUAAGUUAAAUUAUGAAACUACUUUUGCAUACGGUGUAAAUGGUGUCAAUUUAAACUUGCAGUUCUGUAAUUAAUUGUUUCAAGUGCAUAUGAAUUUGCAUGAUAGAAGAUGGGAUGAUUUUUUCAAUGGGUCAUUCCAGAAAAGAUCCAUACCCCCCCUACGGAGGAAAUCGAAAAUAACCCCCUCCCCCCCUUCGGACAUCCUUGAAUGGUUCAUCCUCCCCCCCUCUCCGGACAUCAAAGCCCAAAAUUACCCCCCUCCCCUUCGGACAUCCACUAUUUCUAAAUUUUUCUAAAGGCUACCUCGCCGUUUGAAAACGUCACCGAAAAUUAGACUACGUUCACACUACGCGCGAGCGAACUAAUGCGGGCAGAAUUUACGUGUGUUCACACUACCGCCAUUACAGUUUGUUUACAAAUUGAAUUAGCACUCGUGUAAACCCAAAAUAUUUCAAAUAGACCCAAGAAAUUUAACUGAAAAGCAUUCGAGUUUACACGUUUUGUUCACACGAAGCUAUCAAGCGCUCCGCCGUUUUCACCUCGCUCCGUUUAGAAACCGUGCUCAAAUUGUUACGGCAAAAGUGACGUGAAGUUUUCAAACGAUUUCGCUCCAGCGUAGAGUGAAUUAGCGAUGGCUUAUUGUGACUUUUCUACGCUGUUUUCAAAUAGCUCCGGCGUGGCGGAACACUUGGCGGCUUCUUGUGACUUGCGAACACAAACACGUGGCAGGUUUUGUCGGAUAAUUUGCAGAAAUUCACUUCGAAAUUCAUUCAAGUAAAAUUCGGACUGAAAUUCGAUGUAACUUGCGACUGAUUGACAAGCGUUGCUAUGUUUACUUACAUGUUAAUGCAUUUUUUAGUAUUACUGCAUUCCUUAACCUCGCCCUUAAUAUGAAAGCCAUUUCUAUUUUCUAGAUACGCACCUCGCAAGGAAGCUUUAUUGACUAUAUACUAAAACAAAUUGUUUUGAGUUCAGUUCACAUAGCAGUCCCUUAAUUCGAGCAACAGUUUAAUAACUAUUAUUUUUAACACUUGAAUAAUUCAAACUUAUAUAUACGAACGAAAACUGCAAACUAUAUAAAUAAAGCGUGUCAAUUUUCGACUCAUUCUCAACAUGCAGGAUACGCUGUUACAGCAAGUUAGUUUUUGGUGGCCAUGCAUGCAAAAGUGGGCCGCUUAUUUUGCUUACAGUUACGUGGACGUAUAAUUAUUGCUGUUACAUAAACGUUCCGGUGUUCAAGAGCUACAUAUAGCCGAUAAAAAUUGCGUGCUCGUUAUAUUCGCCGAUCAGAUAGCUUUAUCACAGUCUCAAACCUUCAGACAAACAUAUCCACAUUCCUCUCCCCCCCCUUCGGACAUUCUAAGACAUUUUUCCUCUCCCCCCCUUCGGACAUCCUAAGACAUUUUUCCUCCCUCCCCCUUCGGACAGCAAAAAUUUCCUCCGUGGAGGGGGGGGGGGGUAUGGAUCUUUUCUGGAACGACCCAAUAUCCGACCGGUAUAUUGCUGUUACCCAGAGGCGCCAGAAUAUCGAUAAUUGCGGGGGCAGAUAUUCAUAUAUUCGUGUUCACAGACUGUAAAAACAAUCGAUUUCAAAAGAAAUUAAUUGGGCAGAACACGAAUAUAUGAAUAUCUGCCCCCCCCCCUAAUUAUUGAUAUUCUGGCACCUCUGCUUCUGAUCAUGAAUUAAAAAGUAUUCUUGUUGAAAAAGCUGCAUCUGCCUGCUUUAAUUCUCAUAUCCUCCCAGGCUCUCACAUUCUCUACAUUCCAAAGUCAGCACAGCAUAGACAAUGAUGUACGCAUAACUGUGUGGGGAAAAUGCCCUCAUUGAAAAGGCCUCAGUAGUUUUAAUUUCUUAAAAAAUGGCCUGCGGAAUACCGACAUGAGAAAGGGGUUGCUCAACAAGGGGGUGCGGAUAAUAAUUGGAAUAGCCCAUUAGGGACGGACCAUUAGAAAAGUGAAGGGGGGGGGGACAGAAAAAAUGCAUACAAUCAUAAAAGGCAAAAAAAUAAAAAAACAUGCAACAGGAACGUCUCAAAAAUAAUUGCAAACAGAACAACAACACAAACCUUAAUCCAAUAGCUCUCCACCCACAACAAAGCUUAUAUUUAUUAUCCAAUCAAAAUGUCACAAGAGAAAUUUAAGUUUCACACAACAACAACAAUCUAAUUAUAGUUGUGAUUAUAGAACAUCUUGUAAUGUGUAAGAAAAAAUGUUUCAAGAAAACAAAUUUAUUAUAUGUAUUGGGUAAAAAAAUAUGCAUGCAAGGUAACAUGUUCAUAAAAAAUUGCAUACACAUUUGAAUAUCUGAAAAAAUUGCAAACAUGAAAAAAAUACCCCCCUUCACUUUUCUAAUGGUCCGUCCCUUAUUUUACAGGAACUUCUGAGAAAAUUUGUUUGAAAUUUAUUUCAUUACUAGUGAAAUAAUAACAACCAAAGAGAUUUGAAAGUAGCUAAUAAAAGCCACCUAACUACUGCUUCUAUAUACAACUUUUAUUUCAGGCAUAUGGUUAUAAAUUUAUAGGCUCAUACAAACUUGUUGCAUUCUGUUUAUAUUUAUACCGCGAAUUUUUAAACGAUUAAUUAAGUUACUUUAAUAGCAUCUACACGCAAUUAUUAUAUUUUAGAUUUUUGGGAUAAAGCUCAUUAUAAUGGACAAUUAAAAAAAUUGGCCUAAUAAAAAAAUGGAGUUUUCAUACUCCCUACCCAAAAUAUUUAAGGGUUUUUCUAUUUUGCAAAUAGGCUUGUCAUAUACAGGCUGAAUUUAAUGGCUUGCCAUGUUUUCAAAAUAUUUGUGCGCAAAGUUAGGUCAACCAGAAGGAACCUAAAUUUUGUUACUGUUAUUUCAUCAGGAUUUACAGACACAGUCGCCUCUAAGCUUAUUCCUUCGGAUGCACCUUCAUUUCAUUUGCCAGUGCAGACCUAUGGCGACGGGAACUGUCUAUACAGAGCUGCUUCGACUGUUCUUUGUAGCAACGAAGACAUGCACAUAGAACUGAGAGUACGGACAUUUGUCGAGCUUUGCUUGAACAAAGAUCGGUAUCUGGACGACAACUAUCUUAGAACUUUGACAGGAAAAGAUGCUUUCAUUAGCAAAAUGUUCUACAGUAGUUUUGAAACUACUUCUACCAAGGCUCAGACAAGUGAUAUUCGCAUUUCUUAUGCUUUUGAAGCUGGUGUACUGAAUACGAUAAAAGCAGGGACUUAUUCAAAUAUGUGGCAUAUGUUUGCGUUAUGUAAUGUCAUUGGCUGCCCUGUAGUGUCUGUAUACCCAAUG